AUGAGUCUUGCCGACGCCGAGCCCAUCACUAGCGGCGAGAGGCUAGCACAGCUCGACAUUGCAGACGACAGCAGCCGUGGCACCUCGACACCCCGUGCAGCUGCUGCCGACGCCGCCGCCGCCGCCGCCAACCCUGCUGCUGCGUCUCAUCAGGGCGACGACGACAAGACGGCCUCCAAGGGCAAGAAGCGCGCCCUUUUUGGCUUUGGCAGAAAGAAGCAGUCUCCGCCCGCGGCGGACUCGCCGACGGACACCAAGCCUCCGUUGCUCACAAAGGAUUCCUCCAAGCUGUCUGGCGCCACGCCCGGCACGACGCACUCGACGCAGAGCUCCCGCGACUACCCAUUUCCCUCCUCGCCCACCCGUGCGCUGUCUACCUCGCCUCGCCUCUCGUCUCCCGCGGGCUCGCAAAUAUUUGAGCGAGAUGUCCAAGACGGUACCGUUCUCAUGCCCAACUCGCCAGCUAUCCCUACCCACAUUCAGACGGAAAACUACAUCCCCCCCGUGCUCGACGAUGCCUCCGAGGCCAUCACCAACAAUAAGCUCGACCCCGAUACGGUGGAGAUUGUCACGCACUCGUCGCAUCAGCCGGCAUCUGUCACUGUUACGGGUGCGCCCAACAGCCCCAGUGACCAGCAGUCCUCCACAGAAUGGGCGGCCGAGCUGGCGUCGUUUGCCGAUCGCAUUGGUGUCCCUGGCGAGACUGCUUCCAAUUACGGAUCACUAGAAUCGGCAGAUGUUCGGAGGUUGUCCUUUAUCUCUUUCGCCGACGUGGUGCAAUCUGAGCAUAGUGCUGGGCUGGGAAGCCCGAUGUCUCGGGAGAAUAUAAGCCUGGCGGGCUUGACAUCUUUACCCCCCUCUGCGUUGAACCGAUCUCCUUCACCCAUUCGCUCGCCAGUCUCGAGCCAGGGCUUCGGAACCUCGCCGCCAACCAGCAACCCCGGCAGCAUGAAGGGCGUCGAGAUGAGCCCGCCGCGCAAGCUCAUGGGCAGCCCCAAGAGCGCCCAGCAUUCUCUCGCCGCGCCGAGCGACCUCAAUAUUGAAACCAUGCGACAGGCUCUUCGACGAACAGGAAGCACAGAUCUGGCCAGCGCCCGCAGCAUGCCAGUGAGCCCCAUUGACGGACCUGGCUCUCGCUGA